CCUUCCUCCCGGCGCCUGGGGUUGGUGGCGCGCGGUGUAGAUGGAGUGGGUGCUGGCGGAUGCGCUGCUGUCGCAGAGCCGGGACCCGCGGGUUCUGCUUGGGGCGCUGUGCCGCGGGGAGGCGUCCGCGGAGCGCGUGGAGACGCUGCGCUUUCUUCUGCAGCGGCUCGAGGACGAGGAAGCGCGCGGCGGCGGCGGCGCGGGCGCGCUCCCGGAGGCGGCGCAUGAGGUGGCCGCCGGGUAUCUGGUGCCGCUGCUGCGGGGCCUGCCGGGGCGCCUCAUGGGCGGCGCGGACACCGGCCCCCCGGCCCGCCAGCGCCGGCGCGUGCUGAGGGCGGCGGGCGCGGCCCUGCGCUCGUGCGCCCGCCUCGCCGGGGGCCCGCAGCUGGCGGCCGCGCUGGCCGAGGAAGCUCUGCGUGACCUGCUCGCCGCGAGACCUGCGCCGGGCCUCGAGGGGGCCUGUGAGGCCGCCGUGGAGGUGCUAGCGGCCGUGGGGCCCUGCCUGCGGCCCCUCGAGGACGCGCCGCUGCUGGAGCGGGUGGCGCAGGCCGCCCUGGCCCUGGCGCUGGGCGGGGACGAGGCGGGGCCCUCCGAGGACGCGGUGGCACUGGUGGCCGGGCGACUGUUGCCAGCACUGGGCCAGUGCGGCGGGGCGGCGCUGCGGGCCGUGUGGGGAGGGCUGGUCGCGCCCGGGCCCCCGUUGGGGCCGGGCCUAGUAGGGCCACAGCUCUUGGUGCUGAGCGCCUUGGCCGAGAAGCUGCUGCCCGAGCCCGGCGUGGACUGCGCCCCGGUGGCACGCGAGGCGGGCCCAGACGCCCGGCGCUGCUGGCGGUUUUGGAGGACAGUGCAGGCUGGGCUGGCCUGGGCCGAGGAUGCCCUGACGCGCAAGCGGGCGCGUUACCUGCUGCAGCGGGCCGUGGAAGUGUCGGCGGAACAGGGGGCCGAUUGCGCGUGCGCCCCGGGAGAAGGAACCGGCCCAAGUCUAUUUUGGUGGUCUGAGAAGAAAAAAGAUGAGCUUCUAAAGUUUUGGGAAAACUAUAUUUUAAUUAUGGAAACUCUUGAAGGAAAUCAGAUACAUGUUAUAAAGCCAGUUUUACCAAAGCUAAACAAUCUAUUCGAAUAUGCAGUGUCAGAGGAAAAUGGAUGUUGGCUCUUUCACCCAUCUUGGCAUCUGUGUAUUUAUAAAAGAAUGUUUGAAAGUGAAAAUAAAAUCCUGACCAAAGAAGGUGUUACUCACUUUUUGGAGCUGUAUGAAACCAGGGUUCUUCCGUUUUCACCAGAAUUUUCUGAGUUUAUUAUUGGACCAUUAAUGGAUGCACUUUCAGAGAGCUCUCUGUAUAGCAGGUCCCCAGGCCAGCUGAUAGGAAGUGGCUCUCCAUUGGGAUUGAAAUUACAGAAGUUUUUAGUCACUUACAUUUCCCUUCUUCCAGAAGAAAUAAAGAGUAGUUUCCUGUUAAAAUUUAUUCAGAAGAUGACAAGUAGACAUUGGUGUGCUAUUCCCAUUUUGUUUCUCUCUAAGGCUUUGGCCAGUGUUCCGAGAUGUAAAGCUCUGGGUGUAGAAGGCCUUCUUGCCCUCAGGGACGUCCUGCAGUGCACCAUGAUCACACACCAGAUCCUGCUGAGAGGGGCGGCCCAGUGCUAUCUCCUUCAGGCGGCUAUCAACCUGGUAGAUGUGGAGAAAGUGUCCCUUUCUGACAUGGCGACUUUUCUCAUGUCUGUGAGACAAGAGGAGUCCUUAAGACGCGGAACCUCAUUGUGGACAGAGCUCUGUGAUUGGCUGUGUGUUCAUGAGAGCUGUUUUAGGCGAAACUCACCUAGUAGCUCCGUUGGGCUUGCUGAGACAUCCUCUUUAAAUGCUUAUGUAAAGAACCUCAUCCAUGAAUAUAUUAAGUCGCCUGCCUGGGAAAGAGGUGAAAACUGCUGUAUGCCUGACUGGUUCGAAGCCAAGCUUGUUGCUAUGAUGGUCUUGCUGGCCGUAGAUGUGGAAGGAAUGAAGAGUCAAUAUAGUGAAAAGCGGAGAACACAGAAUGUAUUAAGGAUAUUCUUAGAUCCUCUUCUGGAUGCCCUUGUGAAGUUUGGUACCAAUGCCUACAUGCCUUUGCUGAAAACUGACAGAUGCCUGCAGUUGCUGUUGAAGUUACUGCACACUUGCUUGUUGAAAGGUUCCGGUACCCAAGAUGUUGCACAGUCUUUUUUUCCCCAUACAGAUGAGGUGUCGACUCUUCUUCAAAACUUUGUUAUGUCCACUACAGAGAGCAUUUCUGAAUUUAUUCUCAGAAGACUUACCAUGAAUGAACUAAGUAGUGUUUCAGAUCUGGAUCGUUGCCAUUUAUACCUGAUGGUAUUAACUGAGCUUAUAAAUCUCCAUUUGAAGAUUGGGUGGAAAAGAGGUAACCCUAUUUGGAGAGUUAUUUCUCCUUUGAUAAAUGCAUCCAUCCGGCAUCUUCAGGAGAUGGGAAGUGGACAGGAGCCGACGCUGGGCACACAGAUUCAAAGAGCCGUCAGCAUGGCUACCUUGGCCAAGGUCUGCGAGGCCAUCGACCAGAAGUCAGAGCUGCAGCCGGACUCCCUGGAUGCAGGCCCCAUGGAAAGGUUCCUCUCCUCCCUUCAGCUCAACCAGACGCUGCAGAAGCCCCUCACGGAGGAGGACGGCAGUUUUUCCGAGGAAUCAUCGUCUUCCCAAGGAUGGGGGAAAAUAGUUGCACAAUAUAUUCAUGACCAGUGGGUCUGCCUCUCUUUCUUGUUGAAAAAAUAUCACACCCUUAUACCAACCUCAGAGGGUGAAAUUCUGGAACCCGUUCUCCCUGCUGUUCAAAUGCCAGUAAGGACUUUGCAGUCUGCACUAGAAGCCCUCACAAUUCUUCCUUCAGAUCAAGUUUUACCUGUGUUCCAUUGCAUGAAGAUUUUGGUUCCCAAGCUUCUGACCUCCUGUGAAUCACUCUGCAUAGAGUCUUUUGACAUGGCCUGGAAAAUCAUAGCUUCUUUAAGCAACACUCAACUGGUAUUCUGGCCUAAUUUAAGAGCUUUUGUUCAGUUUGUUUUUGAUCCCAAAGUUCUGACCAUUGCUGCAAAAACCAAGGGCCAGACAUACUUCAAAAUAAAAGAGAUUAUGUACAAGAUAAUUGAAAUGUCGGCUAUGAAAACUGGAGUCUUCAAUAUAUUGAUAAGUUAUUGCUGCCAAUCUUGGAUAGUUUCUGCUUCAAAUGUGUCCCAAGGAUCUUUAUCAAGUGCUAACAAUUACAGUGAACUUGUCCUGGAGGCGUGUGUAUUUGGGACAGUGUUUCGGCGUGAUCAGAGACUUAUCCAGGAUAUACAGACCUUUGUAGAAAAUCUCGGACAUGAUUGUGCAGCGAAUGUUGUUAUUGAAAAUACUAAAAGAGAGGACCAUUAUGUGAGAAUUUGUGCUGUCAAAUUCCUGUGUUUAUUAGAUGGCUCUAAUAUGUCUCAUAAGUUGUUCAUAGAAGAUCUUGCAGUCAAGCUAUUAGAUAAGGAUGAGUUGGUGUCCAAGUCUAGGACUCGAUACUAUGUGAAUUCUCACCAACACAGAGUGAAAAACCGGAUAUGGCAGACUCUACUGGUACUUUUCCCCAGAUUCGAUCAGAAUUUCUUAAACAGAAUUAUUGACAAGAUUUUCCAGGCUGGUUUCAUCAAUAAUCAAGCAUCCAUAAAGUAUUUUAUAGAAUGGAUUAUUAUACUGAUUCUUCAUAAAUUCCCUCAGUUUCUUCCAAAGUUCUGGGACUGUUUUUCUUAUGGCGAAGAAAACCUUAAAACAAGCAUUUGUACCUUUUUAUCAGUUUUGUCACAUUUGGACAUCAUUACUGAAAAUAUUCCAGAAAAGAAACUGAUUCUGAAGCAAGCCCUUAUUAUCGUACUGCACUGGUGUUUCAAUCAUAACUUCAGCAUUCGACUGUACGCCAUGGUUGCUCUUAAGAAAAUCUGGAGCAUGUGUAAAUCAUUGCACAUUGAAGAACUUGACGCUCUGACUUCUGUUAUUGAGUCCAGUCUUGACCAGGUGGAGAACAUGCAUGGAGCAGGGAACGCCAAGAAGAAUUGGCAGCGCAUCCAAGAACAUUUCUUCUUUGCAACAUUUCACCCACUUAAGGAUUACUGUCUCGAGACCAUAUUUUACGUCCUUCCGCGCCUCUCCGGCCUUGUCGAAGAUGAAUGGAUCGCCAUUGAUAAAUUUACCAGGUUCACUGACAUUCCUUUAGAUACAGGAUUUCAGUGGUACCUUUCUCCAACUCAGCUCUGUGAACUGACACCAAGUGACUGGUCUCAGCAGGACAUAGGUCCUCACUCAGGUGAAGCAGAUAACCAGUCAGAGUGGGCUGAUGUUCAGAAGAAGAUUAUCCCAUGGAAAAAUAAUGCUCCAGACUUAGACCUGGAGCUGGUGUUUCAGGAUCGUGCUGCCAGACUUGGAAAGUCAAUCAGUAGGCUGGUUGUAGUGGCCUCACUCAUUGAUAAGCCAACCAAUUUAGGAGGGCUUUGCCGGACCUGCGAGGUGUUUGGUGCCUCGGCCCUUGUCGUCAGCAGCCUUCAGUGCAUCAGAGACAAGCAGUUUCAGCACCUCAGUGUUUCAGCGGAGCAGUGGCUUCCUUUAGUGGAGGUCAAACCACCUCAGCUAAUCGAUUAUCUGCAAGAGAAAAAAGCAGAAGGUUACACCAUAGUGGGUGUGGAACAAACUGCCAGAAGUGUAGACCUAACUCAGUUCUGCUUUCCUGAGAAGUCCCUCCUCUUGUUGGGCAAUGAACGUGAAGGAAUCCCGGCAAAUCUGAUUCAGCAGCUGGACGUGUGUGUGGAGAUUCCUCAGCAGGGAAUCAUCCGCUCCCUCAACGUCCACGUGAGCGGAGCUCUGCUGAUCUGGGAAUACACCAGACAGCAGCUCCUGAGGCCCAGGGAUGCCGGGUCCUGAAGCGCGUGCCUUCCCUGACAUGAGUUAGCGGUGCUGUUCAAACACUGUUUUCAAUCUAUGAAGAAAUAGAUUCUAAAAUCCACUGGGCUAAUUUGUAUUUCCUCUUUCAAUUUAAUGCCAAAACUGUCAUGUGCCUUAAAUAUUUUACUAUAUGUUGUCCCCUUUAAUAAACAUUUUUAGCUAAGUCGUAUGGCUUCUUUAAUAAAAUAUUUUAAGCAAUUGUGAAAA